AUGAGCUACGUUGUUCGCCGAGGGAUUUCAACCCUCAUUCCCCCAAAGGCAAUCGGAGCAGCAAAGGAUGCCGCUCGCAUGGAGCGAGUGGGCAACUUUUACGGAAAACUCCCUCGAGGCCGAGCUCCUGAAGUGAAGCCUUCAGGUUUUUUUGCUCGUUAUCACGCUAAGCAUUUCGGCAAGAAUCCCACUGCAAAACCACUUGUUCACCUCAUCGUGGCGAUGACUCUUUUGGGCUACAGCAUCCAAUAUGUCACACAUCUCCGUAUGUCUUUCUUGUCCCACAAGCCGCUAGCGCAUCCUUUUACUAAAUACCUCCAGGUCACCACAAGAACAAUGCCCACUGAGUUUAGCAUGUUCAGCAUUAGAGAUGAAUGGUGA